AUGACCGGGGUGCUGGAGAGUCUGGUGCCGGACAUGCACGCCAGCCAGAUCUCCGCUGGCAGCUACCACCAGCACGGCGGCCUGCAUAAGCCGCAGGAGUCCCCCACUCUGCCUGUCUCCACGGCCACCGACAGCAGCUACUACACCAACCAGCAGCACGGGGCGGCGGGCGGGUCGCCCUACGGCCCCGUGGGCUCCUACCCCUACGCGGGCGGCGGCGCCGCCCCCUACUCUGCUAAGGCCGCCUACGACGUGGGCUACGCGGGCGCCUACGGCUCCUACGGGCCCUACGGCAGCAGGGCCUCUCCGGUCAACAACGACUCUGCAGAGAAGGAAGACUGCGAGCCGGAGAUCAGGAUCGUGAACGGGAAGCCCAAGAAAGUGCGGAAGCCCCGAACCAUCUACUCCAGCUUCCAGCUGGCCGCUUUGCAGCGGCGCUUCCAGAAAACCCAGUACCUCGCCCUGCCCGAGAGAGCGGAGCUGGCGGCCUCCCUCGGCCUCACACAGACGCAGGUGAAGAUCUGGUUUCAGAACCGCCGCUCCAAGUUCAAGAAGAUGUGGAAGAGCGGAGAGAUCCCAGCGGAGCCGCCUCCCCGCCGCAGUGCUUCGCCACCGUCCCCCUCCUCGCCCCCCGCCUGGGACUUUGCUCCGCAUCCGCGCACGGCGGGCGGCGCCGGCACCGCCAGUCCCAGCCCCGCCGCCGCCUUCCUCGGUAGCUACUCGUGGUACCCGCCGGCGCCCGGCGGCCCGGCGCACCUGCCGGCGGCCGCUCCCCUCCCGCAGCCGGCGCAGCCCCCGCACCACCACGGCGGCGGUAACAUCUUCUAGGCGCUGCAGAGACUUGAGUCCCCGGGUCGCGUCCGGCAGCCGCGGGGCACAGAGGUGCCGCCACUGGUGUUUUGGUGAAACCUGGCUCCGGCCGUUCCGGCGGAGAGGAACCGCUCCGUUCCCCGUCCCGCCCCGUUGCCGCCAGCGGCGGCCCCGUGUGCGUUCAGCCCCGUGGGUCCGCCCGCCCGCCGCCAAAACAACCACGCUGCGGAAUAAGUACCCACGUCCUUCCUUUCGUCCUUCUUCGUCCUCUCCCCCGGCGUUUCAUCAAGCCAUCGGUGCAGAACUCUGGUUAACUUUAUUUUUUAUUUUCUUAAAAUUGAUAGGUGCCUUUGCGGAUAACCUCACCUCGAUGUUGGGGAUUAAAAAAUAAAACGAUAAAAAAAAAGAUAAAUAAUUUUUAUAUGUAGAUUUGAAACAGAAGCCCCCCGUGUUUAAGGUAUCCUUUUUAGCCGUGAACGAAAUCGUCCGGCGGGGGUGGGGACUGGUCUCAGGCGGCGGUGCCGGCGCAGCUCCUGCCCGUGCGCUGCCUCCGGGCGGGUUUCGUCCCCCGACGGGGCUUCCCCGGGUCGGGCGCCGAGCCGCGGCGAGCCCUCGCCUCCACCACCACCGCCCCGCCGGCAACCUUGCCACUAACCCUUCCCUUGCGCCGUUUGAUGUCUAGGAUCGUGGGGGGAAAAAAACAGGGUAUUUUUUGUUAUUU